GUACAGGUGUUAACAUGACCAAUAAUGUUUUUGGAUAUAAAGGUAGGAAUUGAUGAGUUUAAUCUGAUAGAUGCAUACAUAUCACAAGACAGAAAAAUCAUCAAAGUGAGUAAGUUUUUAAAUCCUUCAAAAAAAAUGUUUGAAACUUUGGAAUAUAAUAGUCAAUAUACUUAUUCAUCAGAAGCUGGAGAAGCUAGUCCACCAUCUUCUUCCAUGAGAAAGAAGAAAAACAAGAACACAAAAAGGUUUAGUGAUGAACAAAUCAAAUCAUUGGAAUCUAUGUUUGAGACUGAGACAAGGCUUGAGCCAAGAAAGAAGUUGCAGUUAGCUAGAGAGCUUGGAUUGCAUCCAAGACAAGUUGCUAUAUGGUUUCAAAACAAGAGAGCUAGAUGGAAAUCAAAGCAACUUGAAAGAGAAUAUAAUAAACUUCAAACUAGUUACAACAAUUUGGCUUCAAGAUUUGAAUCAAUGAAGAAGGAAAGACAAACAUUACUAAUUCAGUUGCAAAAGCUGAAUGAUCUCAUAAACAAACCAAUAGAACAAAGUCAUAGCUCUUCACAAGUUAAAGGAGAAAACAGCAUGGAAAGUGAAUCAGAAAAUGGAAACAACAUCAAAUGUGAGACUGAUGUGAAACAAAAUCAUUCAAUGGAAAGAUCAGAACAUGAUGUACUUGGUCCUCUUUCAGAUGAUGAUGAUACAAGCAUAAAAGUUGAAUACUUUGGACUUGAAGAUGAACCUGGUCUUUUGAAUUUUGCUGAACAUGCUGAUGGUUCCUUAACAUCACCAGAAGAUUGGAGUGCUUUUGAAUCAAAUGAUCUAUUGGGUCAAUCAAGUAGUGAUUAUCAAUGGUGGGAUUUUUGGUCUUGAAUGAAACAGAACAACUAAAAUUGUGUUCAGGAAAUGUUUGCAUAAUACAUGAUGUUACAUUAAAGCAAGAAAAAUAGCAAGGUUUUAAAUUGCAGUUAUGUUGAGAAUCGUAAAAUUGCGGCAAAAUGAUGACAAAUGCGGCUACAAUUAUAGUUAUCACGUCGUUGCAGAGACUUCUAAAACUAUUAUAUUGAAUUUACAAUUGCGGUUGCACACCGUAAUUUAAAACUCUGGAAAUGAGUUUACCUAUUCUUAUCUAGAGUUUGCUUAAAGA